AUGGGGUCUAAGAAGGAGUCAGUGGAUAUCAGCGUCUGCCAGUCAUCGAGAGAACCGACAAAUGAUGAGAGAGCCGAAGCACUCGAGCCGCAGAUCUAUACGCAGGAGACACAGCUUGAGAUAGGUGAUGAUACUGAUGACGACGUUGUCUCUCCAGAGGUACGAGCGAGUGUUCCUGCAGACGAUGAGGACAUCCCAGUCAAUACCUUCCGCGCCUGGUUCCUGGGAAUAGUAGGAACUGUAAUCCUUACAGCGUUGAAUCAGUUCUUUCAGCUUCAUUCUCCACCGCUAUUCCUUUCCGCCUACCUAGCCAUCCUAGUGACAUUCCCCUGCGGAAGGUUGAUGGAAGCUGUUUUGCCUGAAAGAAAAUGGAAAAUACUGGGUUGGACAUUUACCACCAACCCAGGACGCUUCAAUCAAAAAGAGCAUUGUAUCGUGGCCAUAAUGGCGUCCUUGGUGACCGCCUUCGAUAACGGGUCUCUCGCAACGGAUGUCUAUGUCGCCUUUGAGAAGUUCCUUCACAUUCCCAUUUCCCUCGGAUACAGGUUUAUGUUUCUUCUCACGACGCAGGCUUUGAGCUUUGGCAUCGCAGGGUUGUUUCACAAAUUCCUCGUUGAGCCAGCAGCCUGCGUCUGGCCGGGGGUGCUCCCAACUUGCUCCAUGUUGUAUACUAUGCACCAACGGAACAAACAGAACGAGGAAGCUGACGGAUGGAAAAUAAGUCGUAUGAAGCUGUUUACUGUGGUUAUUCUAUGCGGAGCAGUGUAUCAGCUUCUUCCCGGGUUUCUAUUCACAGGCCUCACAACGUUUGCCUGGAUAACUUGGAUUGUUCCCAACAACGUCACUGUCAACCAGGUCUUUGGAGCCGUUUCAGGGAUGGAUCUUCUCCCCAUGACCUUGGACUGGAACCAGAUCACUGGCUAUCUAGGAUCACCUCUCCUUGUGCCUACAUGGGCGUUGACGAACGUGUUCUGUGGAAGUAUCUUUUUCCUUUGGAUCGUGUCUCCGACAUUACACUGGAGCAAUGUUUGGCAAGGGAUGUACAUGCCGUUUUCUUCGUCGAAGACGUUCGAUAAUACAGUCCAUACCGCUCUCUACCACCGCCGUGAGAUUUGGUACGGUCUUCUUGCCAGCAUUGGAAAGUCGUCUGUGGAAGAGAAACCAGACAUUCACGCGCGGUUGAUGAAAAAGUACAAGCAAGUUCCAUUGUGGUGGUAUGGCUGUACCUUUCUAGCGAUAUUCAGCAUCAGCGUCGCGUUUCUUUAUGUCUAUGAUACCGGACUCCCCUGGUAUGGUCUGAUCCUGGCCAUAGCGCUUCACGUAAUACUUUUGUUGCCAACUGGCAUCAUGAUGGCCUACUGCAAUAUUAAGCUUUCGACUGCCGUGAUAUCGGCCCUCGUAGCCGGAUACAUCUGGCCUGGCAGGAUGAUGAACAAUGUGGUUUUCAAGAUCUUUACUCUGGUUUCAUCUGCUCAAGGGCUCGGGUACAUCUCCGUCAUGAAGCUUGCCCACUAUAUGAAAAUUCCUCCUCGCGUCACUUUCGCGGCACAGUGCACGGGCAUCAUCGUUUCGUGGCUGACACAGACCGCAGUCAACGUCUGGGCGAUGGGCAACGUUGAAGACAUCUGCACCCCGGAAGCAAGUAAUAGUUUCCUCUGCCCACUCGCUGCAGGCUACGCCACAAAUGCAACCUUCUGGGGCCUCAUCGGCCCGAAGAGACUCUUUUCGGAGGGCUCAAUGUACCGAUCUAUGCUGUGGUUCUUCCUCAUCGGUGCCGCAUCCCCUAUAGUACUGUACCUUCUGGACAGACGCUUCCCCAGAGCAAUGCUGAGAAAGAUCCACCUGCCCGCAAUCUUCGCCUCCACCGCAUCGAUACCACCAGCCACCGCGGCAAACUACAUGGCCUGGGGGAUUGUGGGGCUCUAUUUCAACGGCCAUCUUAAGCGCAGGUACCGACGAUGGUGGAUGAAGUAUAAUUAUAUCCUGUCAGCUGGACUCGAUGCGGCGCUUGCAGUCGGCAACUUUCUCAUCUUCUUCUGCUUGGCGUACCCCGGCGUCCAGCUCAAGUGGUUUGGGAACGAGAUCACCUCGCGGACGGCCGAUGGGAUGGGCGUUCCGUUGCGAAUGGUGGAGCGUGGACGAACCUUUGGACCGCGGACUUGGAAUUGA